AUGGAUGAGUCGACAUCGAUUUGGAAUCAAGAAGCUAGCAAGCGAGAUGACAGCGAGAUUUUGGAGAAAAACGAGCCUUUUGAAGACACAAUUGAGGAAUUUAAGGUAAGCGAUGAGGCUGUAGAGUUGAUAAAUAUAGCACUUCCUGGGAAGAAUGAUGAGAACUUGAAAGCUCAAAAUGAGCCUACGACGCUUUAUCAACUACUUGACACAGCACCACAUGGCAGGAAAGUCAUGAAUGAUCUUUUCGCUCGCUCCACUGGCAAUGCAAGCAUUUUCCAGCAUUACCGUAAAAGCUCCAUCCAUCGAAAUUUGGUGAAAGUUGUUGAUAGAUGGAUUGUGGAAAGAGAAGAAUAUGGUGGGGACACAACUGGAUCGCGUGCGGCAUCGCGUGGAGAUUAUUCUUCGACUAUCUUCGCCUGGAGCUCCGCGAACAGGGAAAAGAAUAUACCCUUGGCUUCUACGGCGCAUGCAAAAGACAAUCGACCACAACGUUCUUUGAACCAAAUACUUCAAAAACAUGCUCAUUCGGGAAUUCGUGAUUUUUUGGUCCAACGACGUGAACUGGAGCGACAACGGGAAAUUGAAAACCUUGCCAGUACCACGAGUAUGCCUGUGACUCCCGGCACGUUCAAAGUUGAUCCUUUACUGAAACUAGAACCCCAAGCCCUUCCAAGACCAAGUAAAAAGAAGUCCGAAUCCGAAAAGCAGCGACGGAAGACCACCAAACAAAAGAACAGGUUGAGCAACCUAUUUUUUUGGAAAGGUUCUUCUUCUACAAAGAAACAAACACGCGACGAAAAGCAAACUACGAACGAACCUGUAUCUACCACAGCAGCUUCUGAUUUUGCAGGCCUCACACACUCUACGGUAGAAGGUGAUCAACCAUUUUCAGAAACCUCUGCAGAUGCAUCCGUUGACGUCAGUGAUUCUGCGUUUGGCGAAUUUGAAUCAGGAUCAGCGUCAGCAUCGGGUACAAUUGAUGAAAGUGCUGAUACAGCGCCACCGACAGAGGCUAGUCCUCGCAUGUCAGCAAACUUGGUGAUGGAAUCUUUUACACCACUUCAACCCAAGAGAAGAACCUAG